AUGGUUUUCAAGCAGUUGCAGCUGGCUUGCAGUACCUUCCUACUGUCCUUCAUCACAUCAAUCUCAGCUCAAGCCACGGCUACCUCUUCAGAGUAUGGUAUCGUCUCUGCAGCGGGCAAGCCUCAAACAACACAGUCUAUUAUAUAUUCGAUACAAGGAUCAGGCAUAGCUGUAGCAAGCAUCACCUUACCAACAGGCUCGAGUUCAUCAGCCGCAAACACGGCAUCUACGAGCGGAAUAGUUCUCAGCGGCACAGGAGGGUCCUUGACAUCCGAUAAAGAUCAUGGGCUGUCAACGCCAGCUAUCCUGGGAAUUGUUUUCGCAGUAAUCUUGGCAAUAGUCGGAAUUAUCGUCUUCACGAUUGUCGUGCAUAGGAGGAGAAGAAAGGCGUUGAGUGGGGCGAAGAGGAAGAGCAUCAUGGAUGUGGAGUUCGCAUCCCCGAGAGUCCUUCCGCAGAAUGUGACCAGGGUCGAACCCAACGUCGAGAAGACACCCAAUGUUGGUUAUUUCGACGUUGCAAAGCCCUUACCUGCUGUGGUCCGCACAUCCAUCCCAGCCCAGAAGGCUAGUAAGCCGCUUGAAGAAGACCGACUAUCACGAUCCAGUACCAUCAUCGCUGAUGCAGCAGAGAUUGCUCAAAUCAACCGCCAAGUGUCUACCCAUCAGAGAAAACCGAAAGAGUCUCGAGAGGGUCAGAGACAUCGUAAUGCAGCAUUGCAGAUAUUAAUCACUAACGAGCACAACCGCACAAGUGUGCUACCGUAUUCGCCAUUGGCCUCACAUCGCACAAUAUCUGUUGACCUGGAACCAGGCCUGCCACCACGUGUGCAGUGUCCGGAUGGAGACGGAGAUACAUCUGCCAAAAGACCAUCAAAGUUGUAG